AUGGGAUUGGAUGGUUUGCCAGGUUUGCCAGGUGAUCCUGGCCAGCGAGGACCAAAUGGGGAUGAGGGUGCCCCAGGCAGUAUUGGUGAGAGGGGUUUCAGAGGAGAAGAAGGUAUCUAUGGACCAAGAGGUCCAGUGGGGCCAGUAGGCACAAAAGGUGCGAAAGGCUACCCGGGUCUGCCUGGUCCAAACAACGUGAUUCGGGAACCCAGAACGCCAGGACCCAAAGGAGAAAAAGGUGCCACUGGUGAUCCGGGUCUGCGUGGGCCCACUGGAAAUGAAGGUCUUCCGGGAUUUGAUGGUUUUCCUGGGAUGGCUGGCAUGCCCGGUGAUCCUGGUGUACCUGGUCUCCGAGGAGCUAAAGGUCGGCCUGGGGUCCCUGGAAUAGAGGGGACAGAUGGACGACCGGGUUUACCUGGACUUGUUGGUCAGAUUGGAGAACAAGGAACUGCUGGAAGUGAUGGCACUGGGCCAGGUAUCCUCUUCACUAGACACAGUCAAGAUUCUAUAGUGCCAAACUGCCCUCAUGGCACUAGCAAAGUCUGGGAAGGAUACUCCCUCCUCUUUGUCCAGGGAAAUGGCCAAGGGCAUGGACAAGACCUGGGAACGGCAGGCUCCUGCUUGAGACGUUUCCACACGAUGCCCUUCCUCUUCUGCAACAUCAACAAUGUCUGCAAUGUGGCAUCUCGCUCUGACUACAGCUACUGGUUGAGCACUCCUCAGCCAAUGACCACCUCAAUGCAGCCGGUCACAGGAGAGGAUAUUCGACCCUACAUCAGCAGAUGUGCAGUAUGUGAGACUCCUUCUCCAAUUAUUGCCAUUCACAGCCAGACCAUGAUGGUUCCUAGCUGCCCUUCUGGAUGGUCAGAUGUUUGGAUAGGGUACAGCUUUGUACUUAGCACUGGAGCAGGCGCUCAAGGCUCAGGCCAGUCCUUGGAAUCUCCAGGAUCUUGUUUAGAAGCUUUCCGUUCCUCUCCAUUUAUUGAAUGUCACGGUCGUGGCACAUGCAACUACUAUGCCACCACCUACAGCUUCUGGAUGUCCACAGUGGAGAGGGAAGAUCAGUUCCGCCGACCGCUCUCAGAAACAUUGAAGGCUGGUGACCUCCGCAGAAGAGUUAGCAGAUGUGUUGUAUGCAUCAAAGACAACACCACAGGGCCACAGUUUUUUAGAAUGAUUAAGUAA